CCGAUCUCCAACAACAGUCUCUGCCCUUUGGAGACCUGCACCCACGUCCACCACCAUGACGGAGUUAGAGAAGUGCAUGGAGUCCCUGAUCACCAUAUUCCACCGCUAUGCCGACGAAGAUGGGGACAAAAAGUCCUUGAGCAAGAAGGAGCUGAGCAAACUAAUAGAGACUGAGUUACCCACCUUCCUGAAAAGCCAGAAGAACCCUAAGGUUGUGGAGCAGAUCAGGAAGGAUUUGGACCAAAACGGAGACGCUAUGGUGGACUUCGAAGAGUUUCUUUCCCUCAUCGUCGGCCUCUCAGUCGCCUGUGAACAGUGUUUCAUGCUCCAGGAACAGAAGAAGGGCAAGAAGUGAGAUUAUUUUGUAGCACAUGUGGUCGCUGCAUUCUAAAGUAAAAACUACCUUUAACACGA